AUGUCGUCUGUAUUUGUACCCGAUAAUAAUAAUCAUGGUUCACCGCAGAAACAACCAGAACAAGCAAGACCUAAAAGACCAAGAAGUAGUUUAGCUUGUAUUCGCUGCCGUAAAAAGAAAGUCAAAUGUGAUUUUGUUCAGCCAACGUGUGGCCGUUGUGCUAUUGCAGGCUUACCUUGUAGUUACGCCACACCACCUCGUAGAGUAGACGGACAUGCUUUUGAUCAACUUGGCAACCAUGUGGAAGAACUCAAGGAACGAAUGCAAAAAAUGCAAUCUGAACUCGCCAUGAUGAAGAACAACUUGCACCCUUUCGCUUCUUCUUCCACAACUACCAACGACGAUAUUGUGGUGGAUCCAAACGCCAUGAUGAUGUCUGAUAAUAACAUGGCUUUGGCCACGUCUCAUCAUAACACGGAGCAAUCUGUCACUUGGAAACUAUCACUGUCCCCUUCUGGUCUUCGGAUUGACACGAAUAUUGCCAGUGUCGCUGAUCUUUAUCGGAUCUUAUUAAACGGUAUCAGUCAACUGAACAUCAAUAAUGAACCGACCACUAGUCUAUUUAACCCUGAAAGUUCAUCCGCGUCAACUGGUACACCUCUACAAGGUCAAAAGAAGCAACCAACACCAUCGCAACCUAAAUCAACAAUGAAAAGAAAUUUUGGGUCAGGCAAUUACCUAGACAACACCAUGAUGGACUACAACAAUGACAAGGGUGGUCGUUUAUGGGAAGUGGAUGAUAAUGAAGCUAGAAAAAUUCUUCAAGAAAAGAAAUCAGCAGAGGAUACUUUACCAAAAAACGUAUUGGAUAAUCUGAUGCAUACUUGCUAUCAUACGUGUUUCUUGGCUUAUCAGAUUGUGGACAAGGAUGCAUUCAUGCAACAAUACAUGUCAAAAGAAGGAUUAGAACCUCUUUUGGCGAAUUCUAUCCAUGCCUGGGUAUCUAAACACGGCUGUAUUUACCACCAUGCCAACAAUGGUCAUUCAGCAACCACAAUGGGCGAAUUUUACUUUAAAGAGGCACGUCAAUCGCUUAAGCGCUGCUUUGAUAUCAGUAGUCCCACUACUAUUCAUGCCUUGCUUAACUUGUACAUGUAUCAACUCAGUAGUGAAAGAUCAAGUCUGGCCUAUCUCUAUAUUGGUCUAGCGAUUCGUAUGGCUCAAGAUCUCAAGUUCCACAAGAAGGAGCACAUGUCUGCUGAUCUUAACCAGCGUGAAACCAACAAGCGUCUAUGGUGGUCUGCUUACUGGCUUGAUUUAUGUGCUGCCCUUGAAUCGAACAGACCGACCAUGGUCGAUGAUAAGGACUGUGAUCUAGACUAUCCUGUUCGCCUAGAACACGAAGAUGAUGAGACAGGCUACCGUGUUCAUUUUGCUGUCUAUUCAAUCAAACUGAUGCGUAUUCGUAAAGACAUUACAAAGCAUUUGCCUUCAGAACAAUCAGGCCAGUCUUUGUUGUCUGCUAUUUCAAGGCUAGAGAAUGCAUUGACCAACUGGCUUAGUGAAUUGCCGAAUGACUUGCAUUUUGAUGACCAAGCCAGCGUGUUUCAAAAGACAGGAUCUUUUAGGGACGAAGCCUGUCUUAUCCUGAACAUUCAGUACCAAACGACUUGGAUUAUGCUGCACAAGUUCUUUUUGCCUAAACAAGAUCAGACGGCUACACCCGUGGCUUUACUGUCUCUGAAUAUCUGUACGAAAGCGGCUAAUUUGAUCACACGUAUGCUUAGCAUUUAUGCUGCUAACUUGAAUUGGUGUCAAUUCUUUUAUGCUAUGGAUGGCAUUAUAGCCAGUGUGACGAUUCAUCAAGUGAAUGCUCAAAGUAGUGAAAAAGAAGUCUCUUGUUUGGCACAACGUAACCUGAUCAUGACGGCUAAUGUCCUGAAGGAAUCUCCCUUGAUGUAUAUGGUCAGAGUAUGUGAAAUCAUUGAGAGUAUUGAAGGCUUUUUGAAAAAGAAUGGUCUUUCUUCUAACCUGCAUGAUUUACCUCCUGUCAGUGAAGACUCAAUUAACCAACAGUCGAUUUCUUCUGUCUUUCAUCCUGCUGUGUUUGAUUCCCAGGCGAAUGUCAUGCCACAGCCUACGAAUGCUUCUUACACUGGUUCCUUGUCGCCUUCUGUUCAUUCUCAACAUACCAUGAUGAACUCACCUCAGUCUCAACACUCUAAUCAUAUGCGUGUGCCUUCUCAAUUGACACCCAUGUUUCAAUCGAGCUCAACACAACAACAGUCUUCACCUGCGGCAUCAUCAGCGUCUACGGCGACCCAUACUACUACUACUACCAAUACUACCACUGCUGCUGCUGCUGGUCAGCAACUCCCUAAACCACCUGUCAACAUGUACAAUGAUCCUAACAUCAUGGUAGAUUCAAACUUGUUUUUGAAUGACCCUACCUUGAUGGGUUUCAAUAUGGCUGCACCUUCUCAACCCAACACAGGCGAUAUGAACCAACUUUUAUUGAGAGAUAUGGGAUUUGAUCUGAACAAUGAGAGAAUGUACAACAUGUUUACACCUCGUAACACUACUAAUACCACCAGCCAUUCUUUUCCUAAUAAUGCACCUUACAGUCAGUUCAACAACAAUUUUAACAGCUUUGAAAACACGUCUGCCACGCCACCACCUGCCACGACGACCACGACUACGACUUCUGCCACAAGUUCAUACCCUCACUUUUUGAACCAUCCAAAUGAUUUGUUUGGAUUACAACAACAGCCACCCACUGCUACUUCUCCACAACCACCUCAACCACCACCACCAUCAUCGCAACCACCAUCACAACCGUUUAUGGGUAAUACACCAUUUGAUCCUAGUUUGUUUGGUUCCAUGAAUAUGGAUCCUGCUACUAUGAGUGCCUUACUUUAUAAUAAUGGUAUGCCUAAUUUCAAUGCAUAUCCUUCAGGCAAUAACCCAGGAGAUGAAAAUGAUUUAUUGUAUGCUAACAAUGGAAGAAAGAGAGCACAUCGUGAUUGGGAAGAUACUGCUUAA